ACCUAUCGAUUGAACUUGGACCCACAACAGUGAAACUUAUUAUCUCUAUGUUUCGAAUGGGCUAUCAAUUCACCAUUGCCACUCUAAGCAACUUUUUAGCGGAAAGUGGCCUUAAUUCUCGUCAUCAGGUUGUGCGAUGCUGAAAGAGUGCUUUAGAUCGAUCAUCACGUCGUCCUCGGUCAUAUUGAAAGGAUUCAAGGAGCAUUAGAAUAUUAAUGGAAAACAAGGCGUCAAGUAUAAUCGUGUCAAUCACUAUGCAGUGUAACGCUGAAAACCACGAGGCACACAGUAUACAUCAGGAGAACCGCUUCAGCUGUCUUUUAAACCACAAUGGGGAAAAAGCGCAAAACCAAGUCAACUCCCGCAGAAACUGUUACUAUGCCUCGAACAAUUGACGAUCCUUUCCUGGCCGCUAUAGAUCAUUUGUUCAUGCCGCCGUACCUCCCCCAAGAGGCCCCUAACGAAACCACGCAGCGUUUGGUCAGUGUUACGAUCGCCCAGAUCAGUUUGGAAGCCGCGCAGUGCUAUGCCCAACGUUUGUAUGGUUUCGAUGGACAGAUCCGUUGGUCUCACAUCGUCAAGAUGAUCGGACACGUUACCAAAAAUGCCCGUAAUUCUCUCGACAAGGAACAGAUCCUACAGGAUCUCACUAAUAUGGAGAUUGGAGAUGUACUUGCGUUCCACAUUGAAGCACAGAACGCUGGUCUGAUCAUACGCCGUAAGGCGACCACGGUUGUCUUUGAGGUCUUCGAGGUCUCUCCUAGGAAUGCGGCGGUCAUAGGUACCACAGGAAAGCUGAUUUGCUCCUUCCCCGGCCCUGCCGUUCAAAUUCCGGAACAGAAGUUUGUUGUCCGAACAUUUCAAGAAGAGCUUUCCUCCUUUCUCGCACAGAUGGAUGUUGAUAUCUUGGACUCAGCGCCUACAACGAGGAAAGCCGGAAGUACUGUACACGAGGUUCGUGACACCGCGGAUCCAAUGUACAUCUCACAGCUACUCGUUGGAAUCCUUCGUGGGAUGGGCUCCUCGGUGGACAUACAGCGGAUCACGAAACGGAUUGGCGACGAUGUGCUCUGGAAAGAUGCGUACUUGCCAUGGCGCCGAGCGCCGUUAUGGCUCGUCAUUCGGGUGGCGUUGCAGACAAGCCUAGUAUCCCGAGAGGAAUACAAGGAAUUUAUGGUCUUUCUGAUGGCUAGGACAUUGAAGGCUGCUGUAGAGAAGGGAUAUUCCAGCGAGCUCCUUUCCACAAUGAGAGCGAAGGUCGCUCAGAGAUUUUACAAACUCUCUGAGACACCUACGCUUCCAUUUGUUGACACUGCCGUAGAGGGAGCUGUGGAUACGGCCGGAAGAUUGCUUCAAGAAAGAUGGGAUGAAGUACAACAACAGCAGGUGCAAUCGCAGUCAUGGGAUUCAGCAAGUCUCGACUACAAGUCGGCGACAGUAAUGACAUUGCUGAACUCCGGCCCUUAUAUCGAACGGGCUUUGAGGCGUAACGUCAGCCCGCCUGUGCUUCGAGCAUUCUCGCCUGCUGAACAUGCCCGCCUCAGGGACAUGUGUCAAUUCAGUCCCUACAGCGAUGGCGGGCUCACAUCAGCAUUUGAUCGAAAUCAAUCUCUCGCGUUGAUGGAUUUCGAGGAGUCCGUUCAGACGCAUUUGGAUCGCUGGACGUCUGACAAUCUGGACAAUGAUCAAGCCAUAAGAAUCCUAUCCUCUUGUCUGGAUCAGUAUCAUCAGCUUGCCCGAUUGGAGUAUAAUAAGAACCCGGAAGAGGAAUCUGUCAUGAUCCUCACCAUCAUGCAGCUUUGGGUUGCUCUGGAUAAAAUGGCAACUCAUCGGUGUACUUUGCUUUUGGAGUUUUCACCCGAGAUUCCACCAAAGUUCCUGAAUCCUCUGCUCCUCAGGCGAAGCUCGUCGAUCCGUCAUGCCAAUAUUAUCGAGCAAUACCUUCAUCGUCGGCACUCUGCAACUAAAUCACAUCGUCCCUCGAUUUUUACUGAUAACUUUACGGCAUCGUCAUUCGCUGUGUCAUUCUUCAAAACUCGUUCAGAAAUGGCGUCGAUCAAGGCUCACAUUGAAUCUGUGGCGCGGAAAGCUCGAACUGCGAAAGAGAAAGAACUGGCAAAGCUCAAUGACACGCACGCACGCCUUGUCUCUCGGGCAGAACAACUUAGUCACGAGAAAAUGUGGGUGACUGAUGAUUGGACUGGGAAGACGCGUAAAGAGCACGUUGAUACUUGCCAGAAAUGUGAAUUGGAGAAGCAAGCAAACAGCCUGUCGAUUGCCGUCCACGAGUGGCCAUUGCCUCGGGACCAAUGCAAAGCGGAAAUGGUUGUCUUUGAACUAGCUUGCCCGCUCGAGUUCCACAUCUGGCGCGAUGUCACAUUCAAAAUUCUUCGAGAUAUUGGUGUCGCAUCGAGACCGACAUCUACAACUGCCCACGUCAUACUCGAAAGCUAUGAAGAUCUGCGCAAGUGGUCGCAAGGGAAGACAAAACGUGUGACCAUCGCAUCAACCACAAAGCGGUUCACUCAGUCACAUUAUAAGUCGUGCCGUAUACCAACUACUGCAUCUCGGGUGAGCGUCAACAAUGGCUUGACGUACCGUCUUUUCGAUACUGGAAACCGGAUAUGGACGGCAGGAUCUUAUCAACAGACAAGCCUAAAAUCUUACGGUACAUAUCAAGCUCCUGACCGGAGUAUCUAUCUCUAUCAGUGGCACGCACUGGAAACGACUACACAUACUUCUAACGAAGUGCUAGCAACCCAAAAUAACUGCCCGAGUACUAUGAGCUUGCACGAACACGUCGCUUUUGGAACAUUGCGAAGUGGUGGUCGCUUGCAAUGGAUGAACAUUGCACGUGAGAUGACUGCGAACGCGUUAUCAUUCGGUCGCGAGGAAAUCCGUUUGCUCCUCAUGCAGGCGGCAUGUGAGCUCGGUCCUUCCGGGAUUGGACUUGAUGGCCAUGUCACAGGAAGAGAUUGGCACGUUGAUUUGGAAGGCGACGGGUUCUGUGCCUCUUUACUGAGUUCACUAGAAGAUAUGCUGAACAGCGUUUCCUCGAAUUGGAGUGAGUGUGUGACCGUAGGGACAAUUGUGUCACUUACAUCGCGUAUCCUUGCGGCUCAGCAAGUGAACUCCCUCGUCGCUACUCAGGCGUAUCAGCUACUGAACAACGCGGCUUGCGUGACAUACAAAUGGGUGCACGACUUAACGGCUCUUCUGCAAGCGACCGUUGAGGAAUCACAAGUCCUCGAGUAUGCUGAGCAACUAUAUGCGGUGGCAGUAACGUGCCGAAGUGCUUUUGAUAUCGAUCCAGAUCACCUACAAUUUGUCCUUCGCACUCCAGAGUCUAUUGCUAUUGUGCUCCACUGUGCAAUUGUGACACAUGACAACCGACCUAAUACCCCCACUCAAGCUUCGGCUCAUCUUCAAAGGCUACUUGCACGCGAUCGUCGUCUGUCUCACAGCCUCGAAGAGUUCUUGAAUACUCAUCUCCGGUUUACUACUGCCGGCCUCGACCUCGCUAUUCGAGAGGUUUGGCUUGGCUACCAUCGGGGCGGCUCACCAUGGACUCAGGCAGAGGCGUCGAAUACUCGUUGGUGGAGUUGUGCUGGUAGCGAGGGUUUCCCUCAGAUACACUUCAAUCUCCUGGAUGGUAUGUUACUCGUGAAUGGCAAACCGCUUAGUCGACUGCCGAAGGCGAUUGUUACACACCGGACCUUCCAUCGGAUUUUUGGACAGCGAAUACUGGACGUUGUUCCCGCAGCAGUUCCAUCCAUGGAAUUCACAAUCCGUGAGAGUUUUGGCGGAUACCAGGUACACCUUGCAAUCAUACAAGAUCAUCUCGUGAUACAAUCCCAGAACCUGGACAAUAAUGAGACGUUGGAACUCAUUCCUCAUGCCAUCCUUUCUGCUGAUCUCCCAGAACCCCUCACACGCGACUAUACACAUUGGCUGAAUCUCACAACUGGAGAUAUUGAGUUUCGUCCUCUGUCGGCGAUGUGGCGGUCCAGCAAGGAUAAUUGGACUCUCAAUUUUCUCCGGUCAAGAAGAAUGGUUCUUCCCGGAGAUUCAGCAUCGACAUAUAUGGUUGACAUGUAUAGCAAUGUCUUUUCCAAGUUGUCACUAUGUUUGCGGCCUUUGGACUCUCCACAGCAUAUCAUCAUCACGUAUUCCGAGUCACCGUCAUCCCAGGAAGUACUGGUCCGCCUCUCUCGAUUCAAUCUCUCGUUCUUUUUGAACAGCGCUGAUCAACUGGAAUCUCGGGAGCUUCGAGGAAAGGUCGUCGAUGAUAACCAGUCAUCUGGGGCGAUGUUUGGUUUGGAAAAUCAGCUUAUCCUGCAUCCUGCUGAUGUCACAGCUCGUAUGCUACCUGGAUCACGACAAAUCAUAAUUCCUUGGGGAGAAGUCGAAGUGGCUCGUUCAGGUUCUUCCCAUCAUGUGUCAGUGCACGUCAACACAGGAGUCACCAACCGAGUUCCAUAUCAUGUAUUCUCAGUGAACAACAAUCUGCGUUGCCUUACAGGGGCUGGAGGUUUGACAGGUUGGCUAUACAUGAUCUACCUACAUGCCGUUACAAGCCACUGUCUUCCGGAUCCUCUUACAGGCCGUACCGGAACAGAGGAGGCACUGUAUUGUUUAGAAAAUGCUCGAUCUUUCUCCUUCAUGCACUUGGAAGUGACAGAUGUUCUUCUGUUAAGAAAGAUUUUUGAACUGACGCCACCACGAGCAUACUACCCGGUGCAUCUGCGGUCUAUGCAAACUGUGCACUGGUCAAAUGACCUGCCGUCUACGGCUCAGCACCAUGAAUUCUCUUCCAGAGUAGAAGCUAUUCUGGCCCACUUCAAAUGUUUCCAGGUAUUCCAUGGCGAAACAAACUCCCUGCAACUCACUGAUACUCCGUGCGAUCUUCUGCGACGUGCGGCCUGCCGGGACAAUUCACGUUACACCAAGAAUACAGAACCAGUCUUUACUUGGGAGGACACCUGCCACAAAAGCCGCGAUGUACUCUCUGAAGGAGGUUCUGUUCGAGAACAGGUCUCCUUUCGGGUGUCCCGCUUCGUCCAGUAUGACCGAGAGCAACUUGCACAAUUCUCACAACCUUUGUGGGAGCGCAUCUCCUCGUGGGGUCAGAUCGGUGACCCACCAACUGCGGAUACUAUAAAGUCGCUCUCGUACACCAGGGUGUGGUUGUCCAUCAACCUUGCAGGAAACUGGAUGAUACUCAAUCAUCUCUGUCAUUCCACAAGUCUCAGUGAUGAACAUUGGAGGCACAAAUUCGCCUUCAGCCUCCCAGCCAUGGUGUUCGCUAACAAGCAACUUGAGUAUGUGGCCCACGUUCUACUAGCUCUUGCUACCAAUGAUCGCGCUCGUACCAUUGAUGUACCAACGGCAACGUCAUACCAGCUGACUGAUGGGUUUGAACCGAAUCGACAGACCACCCAUACACUAAUCAAGAGGACCACCCUGAGUCUCGACAGCACACCUGCGUCUCAGCUGGAGCGCUCUCAGAAUGAGUCCGGACAACAAUAUAGCGCCAGGAAGACAAAGUACUAUCGUGGUCAAACCGUUUCAGCUGUGGCAGAGUUGACUAGCAUUUUGCUGUCGCAGCAAUCCAUGGCACAAUUCAGACCAAGACCAUCCAGCAACUCUGGCCAAUGGUUAAAUGUGUCUACAGCACUCUCUGCUGUUCGGGCGUAUUUCAGGAGCUGCGCUAACAAUACGCAACUCAAAGAUUAUCUCCAUGCUCUUCAGAUUGCGCUACGGUCUGCGGAUGAUGUUACAACAGUGAUCGGGCAACAUGAAUUAUCUGAUUGUUAUACCUUUGAUCCGAUGUACGAGGUACACCAAGUAUGCCAUCCUCCGUCCCUGAAUGUGCUCUUUCAUCGCCGACCCAUGCGGUUAAGGAAUGAUGCCGAACCCCCCUGUGUAUUUCAGUUUUCUCCCACCGGCACACAUGUGUAUUCAAAGACAACCGAUACCAGGCAAUUGACGCACCUCUUGGAAGAUUUUCGGCGAAGCAAUCCACACCCACUGCAUAAGGCGUACGAAGAUGACUUAUGGACCAGCUGCGAGGCGUUCAAUAGGAAAGCAGAUUUUGUCCAGCCAAUGCAGCUUCCAGAAAUCUCCUCAUUGGAACAGUAUCUUGAUGCAUGUAGUACGCGAUGCAGCAGUAUCUUGGCUCAGAUGCAGGAGGCGUUAUCGGGCCGCCACCUCCAUGCAGAUGUCCUCCUGAAAUGCAAGUUUUGGACAGAUCUUUCUCCUCGGUCGCUCUUGCAACAGCUGAACUUGAAGAAUCGACAGUCCCUGUCCCUUGCAUGGCGUGAUACCCUCACGAGCUAUGCUCAUUCUAUGAUUGAACUGCAACGAGCGCAACGGCUCAUAGGAUUCCAUCUACAAGGGAAGCUAGAUGAUUUUACCAAAGAAGCCGAGAACCACAUUUUCGACAGAAAUAAUGCACGGUGCCAUCCGGACUGGCUUCUCAUACAGAUCGAGAGCAACUUCUUUGUGAGGCCUUUGCAAAAGGAAGUCGCGCACGAAAUGACAGCGCCGCAAUCGGGAGAGAAUUCCGUCCUCCAAUUGAACAUGGGCGAGGGCAAAUCGUCCGUCAUUGUACCUAUUGUGGCAUUGACACUUGCGAAUGGCGAGAAACUCGUGCAGAUCAUCGUACUCAAGGCACUGUCAAGACAGAUGUUUCAGCUUCUCGUAGAACGCCUCACGGGCCUUUGUGACCGGCGAGUCCUAUAUAUGCCAUUUUCUCGAAACCUGAAGGUGGACGUUGCUCACGUCAAUCAAAUACAUAGCCUGUACGUGCAGUGCAUGAAGGAAGGAGGUGUCUAGUCAUACAACCGGAGCACAUUCUCUCCUUCAAGUUGAUUGGUAUUGACCACAUGACAUCAACCCUUCCAGGAAAGACUGGCCUGACCGGCGCACUACAAUCCUGGAUGAGAGUGAUGAAAUCCUGCAUGUGCGUUAUCAGCUUCUUUACACGAUCGGGCAGCAACAGCCGAUCGAGGACCAUCCAGAUCGAUGGCGCACAAUACAGCAUGUAUUGCACCUGGUCCAUAAACAUGCUCCUGCUUUGAAACAACGGUGGCCAGACGAAGUCGAAGUGGACAUGGAUGGAAGAGGCACCUUCCCGACCAUUCGCAUCUUCGGUAUUUCAGCCGGAGUAGAACUCACUCGCAUGAUUACCGAAGACGUCAUGAAGAACACCAUCCCAGGGUUGGUAUUCGCUGUUGCACCUGCAGGUCUGCGUCUUCUUGCCCGCAGCUUUAUCAUCGAC